AUGAUGAUGAUGAUGAAUCGGAUAUAUGAUAAUGGUGAUGAUGAUUAUGAUUCGGAUAUUGAUGAUGAUGAUGAUGAUGAUGAUGAUGAUGAUUCGGAUGAUGAUGAUGAUGAUGAUGAUGAUGAUGAUGAUGAUGAUGAUGAUGAUGAUCAUGAUUCGGAUGAUGAUGAUGAAGAUGAUGAUGAUGAUGAUGAUGAUGAUGAUGAUGAUGAUGAUGAUGAUCAUGAUCAUGAUGAUGAUGAUGAUGAUGAUGAUGAUGAUGAUGAUGAUGAUGAUGAUGAUUCGCAUGAUGAUGCGGAUGAUGCUGAUUCGGAUGAUGACGAUUCGGAUGAUGAGGACAUGAUGAUGAUGAUGAUGAUGCGGAUGUUGAUGAUGAUGACGAUGAUGAUGAUGAUGAUGACAUGA